AUGAUUACGGAGCAUGAAGGAGAUAUCUUUGUGUAUACAUACCUCAACUACAACCCAAAGUUGUUUAAACUAAACCUUAAACGCAAUGUAUGGGAAGAGAUGAGAGAACUUGGUGGCUUGACAAUAUUUGGAGGUCCCUUUUACUCUCUUACAAGAGCUGGUCCCUCGGCGAAAGAGAAGACCAUAAUAUAUACACCGCAUCGGAGUGGAAUUGUCUAUUUUACUAACCGGUUCGCUUGGGUGGAUCCACCUUGCAACAACGUUAUGGGAUAUUUAUCACGGGAUACUUGA